GUUUCUUGGGGUAACAACUUCAGGUUAAAUGCUUUGGAAUGAAGGCAAAGAAUUGAUGCCUCAACCAAAGUUUGUUGCCAACAAACAAACCAGUGGUUGAGUUGAGGCUUAAAGUUAGAAUUUUUUUUUUUUAAAAUUUUUGUAAUUUCUGUAGUCUAGCUAUUAUUACCGGUGCCAAAAUACGGUGAAAGUGGAAGACGACGGCGUUUUUCACUCUAGUCGAGAGAAAAAGUGAAAAGUGAAACGCAUCCUCGAUCACACACACAGAGUCAACACACGAGUUAGCCAGCAAAACAACACUCUGAUAAGAGAGAGGGCGGCACUGGCACUGUCGGUGUUCUGCUUUGUGUACCCAAACUUGAACAAAAAUAAAUCGAAUCGAAUUCACUAAUUUUACUUUGACAAAGAAACAAAGAACGUGAACAUGAGUGAAGACACAAAGAAAAGCUACAGCGGAGCUCUUCCCGUGAAAUCCAACUCCGAUGACCGUAAACCCACCCAGCUGGUGUCGCAAUCUGGCAAAAGAGUUAUCAUCAAGAGCGCCGAUAUGAAAGACGACAUGCAAAAGGAAGCUGUUGAUAUCGCCAUCGCAGCAUUUGAGAGGAACAAUGUAGAGAAAGAUGUAGCAGAGCGAAUAAAGAAGGAGUUCGAUAAGAGACACGGACCCACUUGGCAUUGCAUCGUUGGUAGCAAUUUUGGUUCAUAUGUGACUCAUGAAACAAACCACUUCGUUUAUUUCUAUUUGGAUCAGAAAGCAGUUUUGCUUUUCAAAUCUGGUUAAUGAGGAUGGCGAUGUUGAUAAAUAUGGAUGAAAAUGGUGCUGAUGAUGAGUUAAUGUUCAUCAUGUAAGAGUUGAUGUGUGUAUGUAUUAAACGGGAGACCUGCUGGCUAGAGAAACCUCUGAAUGGAGGUUCAUUUGCCUAACUUGUAUAUUUGUAUCCACUUGAACUAGCUUGAAACUUCGUAUGGAUGUGAAUUGCUGUCUGCUUAGCUUGAAACCCCAAAAUGGAGGUUCUUGUGCUUAAUUAAGUUUGAUAUGAAGCAUAAUAGUGAAUUUGUGAGUUACUGUGUGAAAUAUAAAUGGGUAUUCCUCACAA